UAAUAAUUAGUAUAGAUAAUUAAUAAAAAAGAAGAAGAAAGAUUACGUAAGAGAGCAUUAAUCUCGUAAAAUUUGGGUUGCCCUAUAAGACUGGUCACACCACAGCUCACACACAAGCUUGUCUUGUCAUUUAGAAUUUAACCCAACACUCUCUUCUUCUUCUUCCUCUUCCUCUCUUCUCUCUCAAAUCUAGAAAGAGAAAAAGUCUUAAAUUUGUCUCAUUUAUGCGAUAAGAACCACAAUUCCUCUAUCAAAAUCUCUCUCUCUGACAUACCCAGUUGGAAAAAUUCAAUCUUUUAUCCCUAAGAUUCGAUCUUUCUUCUUGGGAAGUUGAUAAAUGUUCAAGGAAACAUAAAAAAGAGAAGAUUUUUGAAUAAAGGUUGAAGAAAAAUGCAGGAUCCAGCAGCAUAUUACCAGACGAUGAUGGCGAAGCAACAACAACAACAACAACCACAGUUUGCAGAGCAAGAACAGUUAAAGUGUCCUCGUUGUGACUCACCAAACACUAAAUUCUGUUACUACAACAACUACAAUCUCUCACAGCCUCGUCACUUUUGCAAAAGCUGUCGUCGUUACUGGACUAAAGGCGGCGCUCUCCGUAACGUUCCCGUCGGUGGUGGUUCUCGUAAGAACGCAACCAAACGAUCCACUUCUUCUUCUUCUUCUGCUUCCUCUCCUUCCAACAGUAGCCAAAACAAGAAGACGAAAAACCCGGAUCCGGAUCCUGAUCCACGUAAUUCUCAAAAACCGGAUUUGGAUCCGACCCGGAUGCUUUACGGGUUUCCGAUCGGUGACCAAGACGUGAAGGGUAUGGAGAUUGGUGGAAGCUUUAGCUCGUUGUUGGCGAAUAAUAUGCAGCUUGGUCUUGGAGGAGGAGGGAUCAUGCUUGACGGGUCGGGUUGGGAUCAUCCGGGUAUGGGUUUGGGUUUGAGGAGAACCGAACCGGGUAAUAAUAAUAAUAACCCAUGGACCGAUCUGGCUAUGAACAGAGCGGAGAAAAACUGAAGAAGAAAAGAAGAGAGGGGUAUUUUGGUAAAUUAUAGCAAACUGAUUUUGGGUGACUUGAGCCAUCACGUAGACACUGAACAGUUUCGAUCAUGUUUAUGUCAUUUUGGUAAUAUUAUUAUUAUUCCUCCUCCUACUUUAUUUCUAUUUAUAUAAUCGGUUUUGUCGUAAUUUUAAUCCUGUGUAAUAGAAAGAAAUUUCUCAGUUUAUUUUGUGCAUUCUGAUUUGAUGAAAUUUUAUGUUUUAUGUUUUUUCCUUUUUAAGUAUUUUUAGAAUGUUAGUAGAAUACUAGAAAAAGACUUGUAGUAAAGUAUUUUAGACUGUUUUGUAUUUAUGUAUUUAUUAAUUUCCUCAU